AUGGAUAAGUUGCUACAGCUUGUGGACUUUUAUCGUCCAGCCCCGUCGUACAAAGCUGUGGCUAUUGAUGCUACCUAUGGGCAUGCUGUGUUUUACACGCCACCCUACCAUCCCACGUUCCAGUCCAUCGGGCUAAUUUGGGGAACCGUUAAGAACCGCAUUGCGAUGGCUCCAGCGAAGAACGGUAAGGAUGUGGCGGCCAAGGUCGUCGAAGAACUUGAGGAGUGCAGUGAAGACUGGAUGAAGGUGUACCGCCACGUGCAAGAAAGGAGAACGCGUUUGCUUGGACAUAGAUCUCUAGAAUUGUAUUCGAGAAUCAAAGGAUAG